AUGGCAUUUUCAGACGAUUAUUUUGACGAGGAAUCUCCAGUGGAGAAGCUUAGAGACAUUCUUUGCAACAUCGAUGGUAAGCAGAAGCUUGCCAGAAGAUUCAGAGCUCUUUACUCUCUUAAGGCUGUUGUCGAGAGAAAUGCCAACGACCCAAAGAAGGCCAAGGAGGUUAUUGACUACAUCAGUGAGUGUUUCAACCACAGCAAUUCGGAACUUUUGAAGCACGAAGUUGCAUAUGUUCUCGGACAGACGAAGAAUCUCAUGUCUGCACCAGUGCUUAGAGAAAGACUAUGCGAUGAGAAAGAGUACUGCAUGGUGAGACACGAGGCUGCCGAGGCUUUGGGUGCUCUUGGAGACCAGGGAUCUCUUGAAGUGCUCACGAAGUACUUCAAAGAUCCAAAGGAGGUCGAGCCUGUUAGACAGACUUGCGAGUUGGCCAUUGAGAGAAUCAAGUGGGCACACUCUGAGGAGAGAAAGCAUGAGAAACUGCAGAAGUCGCUAUACUCGUCGAUCGACCCAGCUCCACCUAUGCCUCUUGAUGCUGACGGAGCCGAGAGUGUUGAGAAGCUUAAAAAUCUCCUUAACGACCAGAAGGCUCCUCUUUUCCAGAGAUACAGAGCCAUUUUCCGUUUGAGAGACAUUGAAUCUGAUGAGGCUUGCAAGGCUCUUGGAUCUUCUUUCAACGAUCCUUCUGCUCUUCUCAAGCACGAGGUUGCAUACGUUUUCGGUCAGAUCGGCAACCCUAUUGCUGUUCCAUACUUGACUGAGGUUGUCAACAGAGACAACGAAGCUCCUAUGGUUAGACACGAGGCUGCCGAGGCUUUGGGUUCUAUUGCAAGCAAGAAUGUCGUUCCUGUGCUUAAGGAGCAUCUUAACGACCGUGAUGUUGUCGUUAAGGAGAGUGCGAUCGUUGCUCUUGACAUGUACGAUUACGAGAACUCCAACGAGAUGGAGUAUGCUGAGAUUAUCAAUUAA